AUGCCACAAAAGGGGAGUUCUUUUCGAAGUUGCCUUUGUCAUGCCUCAUCCUACGGAGACGAGAUUGAUGCACUAGAAAAAACCUAUCUGAAACCCCCCGUCAAUUAUUGCUUCGAAGGCAGUGGUAGUGGUAGUCUCCAUCCUGGACAAAAUGCUGGCGCCAGCUGUUGUGUACGUGUUCAUAUCACGGGUAUCGAUGACAAUUUGGCUUAUGUAACUAGCACUUGUGAUAGGACAUUUAAGCCAUCUUCUCUACGCGCCUCAUCCUCAUUAGAUGCAAUUUCAUUAAGACAGCCGACUCCCCCAUUCUGGAUUCGAAGCUGUGCCGAUCAGUUGAUAAUGCUAACGAACGCAUCCACUUUCUCACCCUUUCUUGGUAUUGGUUCCAGUCCAUCCCCCCAAUGGAGUUUGCUACCCAAUUAUUGCCUCAUAAAUCCAGUUGCUGUUGAAUGGGAGGCUAGCGUACGUUACCAUUGGACAGGAAAAGUCGAUGCAGUUGGUGAAACUUUGCCUCCUGCACUUUUAGUAGGAGAUAUCGGCUCUAAUCUCUCCAUGACCUCGGUUCACGAUACUUCAAACAAAUCCAGCUCCCCCUUACUUUUCUCUUUCCCUACCAUUUCUGAUCCAAUCCCUCCUCUUAUUGCUUCAGGCGUAUCUUUUUCAGCGCUAAUGGCUAUAAAUUAA